AUGCAGGGACCCGUCCCAGGCAAACCUGCAACCCAGGGACCCGUCCAAGGCAAACCGGCGACGCAGGGACCCGUACCAGGCAAACCGGCAACCCAGAGACCCGUCCCAGGCAAACCAGCAACCCAGGGACCCGUCCCAGGCAAACCAGCAACCCAGGGACCCGUGAGGGAAACCGAGAUGAUAGGGACCCGCAAACCGGAACCAGGGACCCGUCCCAGGCAAACCUUACGCAGGGACCCGUACCAGGCAAACCGGCAACCCAGGGACCCGUCCCAGGCAAACCGGCAACCCAGGGACCCGUCUCAGGCAAACCUGCAACCCAGGGACCCGUCCCAGGCAAACCGGCGACGCAGGGACCCGUACCAGGCAAACCGGCAACCCAGGGACCCGUCCCAGGCAAACCUGCAACCCAGGGACCCGUCCAAGGCAAACCGGCGACGCAGGGACCCGUACCAGGCAAACCGGCAACCCAGAGACCCGUCCCAGGCAAACCAGCAACCCAGGGACCCGUCCCAGGCAAACCAGCAACCCAGGGACCCGUCCAAGGCAAACCGGCGACGCAGGGACCCGUACCAGGCAAACCGGCAACCCAGGGACCCGUCCCAGGCAAUCCAGCAACCCAGGGACCCGUCCCAGGCAAACCGGCAACCCAGGGACCCGUCCCAGGCAAACCGGCGAUGCAGGCACCAGUCCCAGGCAAACCGGCGACCCAGGGACCCGUCCCAGGCAAACCGGCGACGCAGGGACCCGUACCAGGCAAACCGGCAACCCAGGGACCCGUCCCAGGCAAACCGGCAACCCAGGGACCCGUCCCAGGCAAACCGGCGACGCAGGGACCCGUACCAGGCAAACCGGCAACCCAGGGACCCAUCCCAGGCAAACCGGCAACCCAGGGACGCGUCCCAGGCAAACCGGCGACGCAGGCACCCGUCCCAGGCAAACCGGCGACCCAGGGACCCGUCCCAGGCAAACCGGCGACGCCAGGGACCCGUCCCAGGCACACCGGCGACCCAGGGUCCCCGUCCCAGGCAAACCGGCGACCCAGGGACCCGUCCCAGGCAAACCGAUGACCCAGGGACCCGUCCCAGGCAAACCGGCGACCCAGGGUCCCCGUCCCAGGCAAACCGGCGACCAACAUCAUACAGUUAG